GAAAACACACACGCUUGUGCGCGCACCGAAUUGAAUGCCAUGUCGAGCGCGUUGAACCCUUCAAAUAGUGUCAAUCGUUUUCACGCCAACCCGGCCACGGACCCCACGUUUAGCACACCUGAAUGCGGAGCAACCAAUUCCGCAGUAGCAGCAGCUACGUCGUUUCUGGAAUUAACAAACACAGCCGUCGCUGCAGCCGCAGCCGCAGGUGUUGAUCUAACUUACGCUGACUUCGGAUUUAACGGGCUCAGGUUGCCUCCACCCGGCCACUCUUCAGCGAACUUCGGCAUCACUUACUUCAGUUCUACAGGUCCCGGAGCUGUCACUCCGGACGGAACAGAUAGUUACGCUCCAAUCCCUUGGGACGGUCCCACCUUCACUUCCCCAUACCACACUCCAUCAUCUACGAACCCAGUCUCUUGCGACUUUGGUCCUUUUGGAUUCGCUGGCAGUCAUUGUGCAUUCACAGGAGCAAGAGUACCUGGGAUGACCAUCCAAAGAUUCGGACCACAAUUUCGUUCUCCCACGAGCUGUGGUGGACUAGGUCCACCAGGAGAUCACUUUGGUAGCUCUUCUCAGGUAACGAAGUCCAAGCCGCGGCGACGACUAGCGACCCUGGCCCAGCGGCGAGCGGCCAACAUCAGGGAGCGUAGAAGGAUGUUCAAUUUAAACUCUGCUUUUGAUAAACUGCGGAAGAAGGUGCCAACGUUCGCUUACGAGAAACGGCUCUCCAGAAUAGAAACGCUCCGCCUUGCCAUCAUGUACAUCGCCUUCAUGACGGACGUCAUUACGGGGAAAGAGCGCGAUUCUCAUCGAAGCCUGCACGACCAUCGGCCGGGCGUUCAAAACUCGCACUUCCCGCACGGUUCCGGCCACGGCUUGGCAGACGGUCGCAUACCUUGGGGAGCAGGUCACCACGGCCCUACGGUUAAUAACGAACCUCCGCCUGCCGUUGCCAGUCGGCUAGCCCAUUUGUGCUCUUCCCGGCAAGUGUGAACAGGUAGCUUCCUGGGUUUUCAUGCUGAGAAAAUAAACGCAAGUGAGGCCACUAGUUUCACUGACGGAUAAGUAUUAACAAAAAAUAUAAUCAAAAGAGCAGAAAACUAUACAAUGAAAUUAAGACAACGUUUCGAACGAUUUACUUUUUAUUCAAAAAAGACAUAAAUUGUCUAAAUCUCUUAUCAUGGUACACAAUGCAAUAUGGUACGUUCAAAGAACUGAAAUACAUCAUUAAUGCUUGUGAA